GCAAUUCUUGAGGGUACUCAAAAUAAUAUAAGACUAAAAGUACUCUCUGCUUACCACUAGAACAUGUGUUUACUUUGGACGUAAACCAACACAACCGAAAAAAAGAGGCUUUGGAUUGGGUAAAAAAUGGCAACACCUCUGCAACUCUCUCCUCCAUUCCCUGCUGCCUCUUUCCUAUCUAACAAAAACUUUUGCAAACAUUACACUGGCUCUCUUCAACCUCUCAAAUCCACUUUUAAAAAUUUCAGCACCAGAGCUAUCAAAGAGAAAACCGAUUCUUCUUCUUCUUCUUCUUCUUCUGCUGAGGAUAUCACCAAGAAGUAUGGUCUAGAAGCCGGUCUUUGGCAGAUAUUCAGCACAAAAGAGGAGAGGAAGGAAGGUGAUGGUGAAACAAAAAAAUCAAAGGGAGACCAAGCCAAGGAGCUGCUAGCUAAAUAUGGAGGAGCAUACCUGGCCACCUCCAUUACAUUAUCCUUUAUCUCUUUCUCUCUCUGUUAUGCACUCAUUAAUGCUGGCAUUGAUGUCCAAGCACUGCUGCAAAAGGUGGGAAUUUCAACUGAUGCGACUGGGGAGAAAGUUGGGACCUUUGCUUUGGCAUAUGCUGCACAUAAGGCUGCCUCUCCUAUAAGGUUUCCCCCUACUGUAGCUCUCACUCCAAUUGUUGCCACUUGGAUCGGAAAGAAAGUCGAUAAAGAGAAGGAAAGCCCCUGAAAUCAGUGACCUAUAACCCCUUUUUUUUUUCUUCUCUCUUUUUUACUGCUACAUUUGUCAAAGGAGACAGAGAUUUUCCUUUUCUUUCUUCAGAAAAUAUGUACGCUUGUUGGUCCACAUAAAGUAAAAUCUUAAAGUUUUGAAA